CGUAUAUAAAGCAGACAAAGCUUCGUAAGAAGUCAGUUGUAGCAAAAACGUUCAAUUGUUAAAUACUCUGUGAAAGAAAAAAAUAUUUAAAAAAAUUUAAAAAUGUUCAAAGAAAUUUUUGUCCUCUGUGCCUUUGUUGCCAUUUCCUACGCUCUUCCAGCUGGCGAAACCGUUCAAGCCGCUAUUCAACCAGAAACGCAAGAUGUAGAAUUUGUAAAUUUGGAUACCGAUUUGGAAGGAGCUGAAACCGCUCAUCAUGGAUACGGCGGAUACGGAAGAGGUUUCGGAGGGUAUGGAGGCUAUGGCCGAGGCUUUGGAGGAUAUGGCGGCUAUGGAAGAGGUUUCGGAGGUUAUGGAGGAUACGGAAGAGGAUUUGGCGGAUACGGUGGAUAUGGACGUGGAUUCUACGGUUAAAUUAACAAAAAAUUUAAAAAAAAAAAAGAAUUCAAUGGAAUACUCACGUACAUACGAAAAAAGCCCGAUCAGUGAACCAAAAUUAUUUUACGUUUUUCUAAAUAAAUUUAUAAUUUUUAUUUAAAUAAAAUUAUUUUCUUAUUUUUUUAA